GGAGUAAGCUGGAGUGCCCUGAGUCAGACUUUUUGGCCGUGAGUGGCUGAAUGAUGUGCCGCAAGGCAUUUGAAAAGCGUGGUCGGGUGUAUCCUCUGCUAAAGGAGAUAAUAAAGGAAGCACUGAAGCACCUUUCUUGGAUUCAAGCAGCUCCUAGCACAGCCGUCUGCUUCGUAAAUACUUCCGGGUCAUUUCACUCAUUUGCGAACCUUCCGAAGCAAACGAGACCACUCGACACUUUCCGUAUCCAUCCCGAUCUGAUCGUCUCCAGCUCCGGCGACACUGAGCUCUAACUUCUGCAGAGAGGAAACUUUAUCUCUGAUUCAGAGCAACGAAGCAGCUACAUUUGUUACGGACAUAUAAGGAAUCCCAAAAUUCAGCAUGGCAGCCAAAGACACAGUGAGACGUAAUAAAACAGCCAUUCAGUCGACUUUGUGUGCAGACUACAAGCUGAUCCUCAACAAAGUCAGUGAGAAGAAAUUGAUAACUCAACGCGAGUACAACAAUCUGAAAAGCAUCAACAAAGAAGAUGUAGAGGGGCAUGUCAUCGAGCUUGUGGAUAAGAUGGUAAAUAAAGGAGAGGACACCUGCCAAGGCUUCCUGAACCUCCUGCAGACUGAUGAGGAUAUUAGAGACACUUACCCUAAGCUGGAGGACAUAUGGAUCGACAACAGACCUUUAUCUAAACCUGUCCAAGCUAGUUCAGUUGACAGCACAGAUUCUUCACCAGACACAAAGAGGCAAAAGAAGGACGAGCAGUAUCAGUUGAACAGCAAACCUACCGGCCUCUGUGUGAUCAUAAACAACGAGCAAUUCACGCAUUUGAAAGUCAGAACCGGAACCAACAAAGAUGCAGAAAGUUUGGGAAAGGUGUUCAGCUGGCUCGGGUUCAGAGUCCUGAUGUGUAAAGACCAAACCAAGGACCAGAUGGAUCAGGCACUGAACUACUUCACUUCUCUCAGCGACCCAUCUCAGCUGCCAGAGUUCAGUGUGAUGGAGUGGUCUGAUGGUGGAUUCACUGAUCUCCAGGAGGCUCCUAAACAUGGAGAUGCCUUCAUCUGCUGUAUUCUGAGUCACGGAGUGAACGGCGCAGUUUCAGGGACCGAUGGAGAGGCCCUCUCCAUCAGAGAAAUAUAUAAAAGAUUCAGGGCAACUGACCGAUCAGUCCUCACCGGCAAGCCCAAAGUGUUCCUGAUCCAGGCUUGCCAGGGACGGGGGAAACAUCGUGGAGUGUUGUUAAAAGAUCUGCAGAGCGAUGAUUCUCAUUCACUAUCCAUCCCUGGGGAAGCCGAUUUUCUGGUUGCUACCGCCACUGUUGAAGACUAUGAAUCAUAUAGACACCAAAUAAACGGAAGCUGGUUCAUCCAAUCUGUGUGUCAGCAGCUAGAGGAGGGCUGUCCCAGGGGCGAUGACAUGACCACCAUCCUCCACCGUGUAAACAACGAAGUAAGCCAGAAAGAGGCGACCAGUCUACCUGGUGAAAAAAAACAGAUGCCUGAAUUUAGGUGCACCCUGAGGAAGGGACUUGUGUUGUCACCACAUUGAAAUUGAAGGUCAAAUGUUAUUUUUAAAUGAGCACAUCAUUGCCUUUUAUACUGUCAUACAUUUGUCUGAAUAAAACUGUUUUUUGAUCA